AGGUCCUCUGCUACAGUGCAUAUGCCAGCCUUGCCUGCAUCCCUGCCAUUUGGCAAUAGGGCUCCACUUUGGUGCUUCGGUUCAUGGAGUGAGUUAAACCUGCUUCCAGUGAAUUAAUGGGAUUUAUUCCGGACAAAAGGUGAAUCACCCUCUGUGGUCUUAUCAUGACUGUAAAGCAUCUGUUGUUGGAGUACAACAAGUUGAAUGAGCAAGGAACCUUCACUUCUGGGGACAUCCUUUCCGGACGAGUGAUAGUGGUGACCAGUAAGGAAACCAAAGUACAGAGGUUUUCGGUCAAAGCCAAAGGGAAAGCUGAGGUCACAUGGACAGAUCAAAAUGGACAAACAACAGUGGUCCACAGAGACAAGAAGAAAUACUUUUAUUUUGAACAUAUUAUUCUUCAGGAUAAAAACAAAGGAGAUGGUUCAGAAAUCAUUGGUCCUGGGAGAAAUGUGUACCCUUUCACCUUUGUGAUUCCAAAUGUAGAUAUGCCCUCAUGUUAUGAGGGAAAAUGGGGCAAGAUCACAUACAGUUUGCGAGCACAGCUGACUCAGUCAAUCUGGCUUGUGCACAAAACCAAGACCGAGUUCCCUUUUCUAACCAAGUCUGAGUUCCCCUUUGCCUCCAAAUCAGAAAUAAUAAUUAUUGGACUUAAGGAGCAACAAUAUGCGACCAGCAUCUUAUUUUUGGGCUCUGGAAAGGUUACUAUGAAUGUUAUGUCAGAAAAAAUGGGACUCAAGCAAGGUGAGGCGAUGGGAGUCUCUGUAGAAGUACUCAACAACUCAGCACGCACAGUAACGCCCAAAUUCUACCUGUGUGAGAAGCAGACUUUUGUUGCUCAGUCCAAGAGGAUCAUACAUACAAAUGACAUCCUCUUUGGGACAGGACACUCUGUUUCAGCUGAGACCAGUCGGACUAUAACCAGCGUUCUGAGUAUCCCGCCACAGCUCCCUCCAACCUUCUUCAACUGCUCCAUGAUGAAACUCGAGUACAGACUCAAGGUCAUUCUUGAUGUCCCUCUGGCAAGAGACCCGGAGAUCAAACUCCCUCUGGUCAUUCUGUCGGGUUCGCCAAAACCACAUCAACAAAAACCAGAGAUCCAUGUGGUUUAGAAAGCUCCCUGGUUAAAACGAUGCCCUAGAUCAAGCAGACAGCAUAUUGUGUGACAAGGAGCAACAGAACUGAAAAGAGCAAAGUGUGUCCACUCAAUGUAGAUGCAUUUAAAUAAGUGAAUGUUUCUUGGGGAGGUUCAAACCAACCCGAAUGUCAGAGAAUGUGCUGACUGUAUGUUCAUAUGUCCACCAGAUGGAGAUGUAAGCCACAGAGUCGCCUACC